UCGUGGGGCUCGGAGCUGCCGGCGGCACGGACGCACGGGGAGAGCAGGGGGACAAGGCCGCAGACAUUUUACUGCCGCGUCGAGCAGCGCCGUGGCUCCGGGAGCCGUUCGGACCUGUGGGCAACUGCGGUGAAAGAACAUGCGGAGGUAGCCACCCUCAGUAGAUCCACAUGGUGCUGGUGAUCUUUCAUGGUGAGAGGGAUACAAUUUCUGCAUCAGCAGUCCCACUGGGCCCUCUGCAGAGGGAUAUGCGAAAUAGAUACUGCGGAGGAAAGAGGCCACCAGCGCCAGCCGUCACAUGGGAUGGCGGUUUAAGUUUACGAGGGGAACACCUGUGACACCCUCCUCUACCAGAGAAGGAAGAAUUUCUGGGCAGCGCUGAAGUUGGACAUCUAAGAGUCUGGCCACAGAUAAGGGACCAAAAUGACGGACUCAAAAUAUUUCACCACAACCAAGAAAGGGGAGAUCUUCGAACUGAAGGCAGAACUGAACAGUGACAAGAAGGAGAAGAAGAAGGAGGCGGUGAAGAAAGUGAUUGCGUCCAUGACCGUGGGCAAAGAUGUCAGUGCCCUCUUCCCCGACGUGGUGAACUGUAUGCAGACGGACAACCUGGAGCUGAAAAAGCUGGUAUACCUGUACUUGAUGAACUAUGCCAAGAGUCAGCCCGACAUGGCCAUCAUGGCCGUCAACACCUUUGUGAAGGACUGUGAGGACCCCAACCCCCUGAUCCGGGCCCUGGCUGUGCGGACCAUGGGCUGCAUCCGCGUUGACAAGAUCACAGAGUACCUAUGCGAGCCACUCCGGAAGUGCCUGAAGGACGAGGACCCAUAUGUGCGCAAGACGGCGGCCGUGUGCGUGGCCAAGCUCCACGACAUCAAUGCCCAGCUGGUAGAGGACCAGGGCUUCCUGGAUACCCUUAAAGACCUCAUCUCUGACUCUAACCCCAUGGUGGUGGCAAACGCAGUGGCUGCCCUCUCGGAGAUCGCCGAAUCUCACCCCAGCAGCAACCUGCUCGAUCUGAACCCACAGUCCAUUAACAAGCUGCUGACAGCCCUGAACGAGUGCACCGAGUGGGGCCAGAUCUUCAUCCUGGACUGCCUGGCCAACUACACACCCAAGGACGACCGGGAGGCCCAGAGCAUCUGUGAGCGGGUCACCCCCAGGCUCUCCCACGCCAACUCCGCUGUAGUGUUGUCUGCUGUGAAGGUGCUGAUGAAGUUCAUGGAGAUGUUGUCCAAGGACCUGGACUACUAUGGCACGCUGCUCAAGAAGCUGGCCCCGCCCCUGGUCACACUGCUGUCGGCCGAACCGGAGCUGCAGUACGUGGCCCUGCGAAACAUCAACCUCAUCGUGCAGAAAAGGCCUGAGAUCCUGAAGCACGAGAUGAAGGUGUUCUUUGUGAAGUACAAUGACCCCAUCUACGUGAAGCUGGAGAAGCUGGACAUCAUGAUCCGCCUGGCCUCCCAGGCCAACAUCGCCCAGGUGUUGGCGGAGUUGAAAGAGUACGCUACAGAGGUGGAUGUGGACUUUGUACGGAAGGCUGUGCGAGCCAUUGGCCGUUGCGCCAUCAAGGUGGAGCAAUCUGCCGAGCGCUGCGUGAGCACACUGCUCGAUCUCAUCCAGACCAAGGUCAACUACGUGGUCCAGGAAGCCAUCGUGGUCAUCAAGGACAUCUUCCGCAAGUACCCCAACAAGUAUGAGAGCGUGAUCGCCACGCUGUGCGAGAACCUGGAUUCCCUGGACGAGCCUGAGGCCCGGGCCGCCAUGAUCUGGAUAGUGGGCGAGUACGCCGAGCGGAUAGACAACGCGGAUGAGCUGCUCGAGAGCUUCCUAGAGGGCUUCCAUGACGAGAGCACCCAGGUCCAGCUGCAGCUGCUGACAGCCAUCGUGAAACUCUUUCUGAAGAAGCCGACAGAGACUCAGGAGCUGGUGCAGCAGGUCCUCAGCUUGGCCACUCAGGACUCAGACAACCCGGACCUGCGAGACCGCGGCUACAUCUACUGGCGCCUGCUCUCCACGGACCCCGUGGCUGCCAAGGAGGUGGUGCUGGCGGAGAAGCCGCUCAUCUCGGAGGAGACAGACCUCAUCGAGCCGACGCUGCUGGACGAGCUCAUCUGCUACAUCGGCACCCUGGCCUCCGUCUACCACAAGCCGCCCAGUGCCUUUGUGGAGGGGGGCCGGGGCGUCGUGCACAAGAGCCUGCCGCCCCGCACCGCCUCGAGUGAGAGCACAGAGAGCCCGGAGACGGCCCCUGCUGGAGCGCCCCCUGGCGAGCAGCUGGAUGUCAUCCCCACCCAGGGCGACCUGCUGGGCGACCUCCUCAACCUGGACCUUGGCCCUCCGGUGAGUGGCCCACCCCUGGCCACCUCCUCGGUGCAGAUGGGAGCUGUGGACCUUCUCGGCAGCGGCCUCGACAGCCUGAUCGGGGCCUCCAACUUCGUGUCACCCCCAGCAGCAGCAGUACCAGCCAACCUAGGAGCACCCAUGGGCAGUGGCCUGAGUGACCUCUUUGACCUGACCAGUGGCGUGGGCACCUUAUCAGGAUCAUAUGUGGCUCCCAAAGCAGUCUGGCUCCCAGCUAUGAAGGCCAAAGGAUUGGAGAUCUCAGGCACCUUCACCCGCCAGGUGGGCUCCAUCUCCAUGGACCUGCAGCUGACCAACAAGGCCUUGCAGGUCAUGACCGACUUUGCCAUCCAGUUCAACCGCAACAGCUUUGGCCUGGCCCCCGCCGCCCCCCUCCAGGUCCAUGCGCCGCUCAGCCCCAACCAGACUGUGGAGAUCUCCCUGCCUCUCAACACGGUGGGCUCAGUCAUGAAGAUGGAGCCUCUGAACAACCUCCAGGUGGCCGUAAAGAACAACAUUGACGUCUUCUACUUCAGCACCUUGUACCCGCUGCACAUCCUCUUUGUGGAGGAUGGGAAGAUGGACCGGCAGAUGUUCCUGGCCACGUGGAAGGACAUUCCCAAUGAGAACGAAGCCCAGUUCCAGAUCAGAGACUGCCCCCUGAAUGCGGAGGCCGUAAGCAGUAGGCUGCAGAGCAGCAACAUCUUCACCAUCGCCAAGAGGAACGUGGAGGGCCAGGACAUGCUUUACCAGUCCCUCAAGCUGACCAAUGGCAUCUGGGUGCUGGCGGAGCUGCGCAUCCAGCCCGGCAACCCCAGCUUCAUGGACUUGGAGCUGUCCCUGAAGUGCCGAGCACCGGAGGUGUCCCAGCACGUGUACCAGGCCUAUGAGACCAUCCUCAAGAACUGAGGCCCCGUCCAGCAUCCGCUCCAGCCUUCCACCAGCCGCGUCAAGGAGCCCCCUGGGAGGUGGCAGCACCUCCUUCUCCCGGGAGGGACCGGGCGAGGCUCCUGGCACCCACAGGCUUCCCUGGUCCUGACAGUAGGGCCUGCCUGGGUCCUCAGGAUACUCGCGUGCUUGAGACCCCCCUCUUUCCAUUGCUGCUGACGUUUAGCGUCAGGUGAGGAGGGGACCAAAGGAGCCAGAGCGGCACAAGAGCUGGACGGGGAGAUCCAGGGUUCUUCUCUUGCUUUUCCCGGCACCUGAGGGCGAGCACGCAGUUCCCUCCUCGGUUCCCAGCCCAGGAAGCCCCGUGCCCCAGUCUCCCUUGGGCUGGUGUUAGUCUCUCUUGGUGGUGCCCUCCUCACCGCCUCUCUCUUGGGAUGGACCCUGGCAGGCAUCCUGGCGUGUGUGGAGGGUCCACUGGGUACCAGGAGAGCUGCUCUGUCAGGGCCUGGGGCUCCCAGGGCCUACAACCCCACCCUCCCGAGCACUGAGCCGCUCGGGGAAGACCAUGUGGAAGCUCCCAGAGCCCCCCCCGGGCUCUUGCUCCCCUGGCAGACACGCCCGCCCGCUCCCCCUCUUGCCCGCGAGGACGGUCUCUGCCUCUGAUACAUUCCUCGAUGUGUCCAGGGUUCCUGGAGCGGAGACACGGCUGAGAGGUGGGGCAUGUGGGCGAGCGUGGUGCAUCCUGUCUGGGGUUUCUCCUUAGCAUCUGCUGCCCCCCUCCUGGCCUCCUUCAGUUGUGUCUGACAGAGCAUUAGGUUUUCCUGUUACUGCUGUUUAAUAAUAAAGAAAGAUUCUGCUUUUGGCAAUCACGGACACUUUUUUCCUCUUCCACCAAAUGUCAGAAUUAAGAACUGCUUCCAAGUG